AUGUCUUUCCUCUCCGUACCAUCAUCGAACAACAUUACAACUCCGACUUCUUCCCCUCAUCAGCAUACCGAGCACUCACCCGCCGUCAUCUCGGAGACCUCAGAGUUCCCAGCUCGCCGCGAUUCGACCACCUCUCGUUCUCAACUGACCUCUUCGUCCACUUGCUCGCUGCCUAUCCCCUCUCCAACGGUGAAUGGGAACACAACGCCGGUCACACCGAUGGUGACGAGCGGGGUAACAUCGGGUCCCAGUGAUACCGCUGAAUCAUCCUUCUCACAUUCGGCCCCAACCCCGAUCAUCGAAAUCCGUCGUACGAGUCCGAGUGUGUGUCGUGAGGUUGGAGACCUCAUCGAAACUCCUUUCUUAAGAGAUUUGCGUUUUGACGAUCACGAUUUUGGCAAUUUAAACUCCUGUCUCAAUGGGACCGAAAACGGCGGAGCAACCAUCGGAUCCAGAACUGGCUCUUCCUCGUCUACCGUCCCCCUUUCUAAGCAAAGACCACGUUCAUUUCAUUCUACCCUCUCUACCUCAUCCUCGGCUUCAUCUUCAUCUGACAGUCACGCUAAUUCCUCAGAAUUUAGUGCAUGCUCCGGCGCUUCCUUCGGCGCUACCACCCCGCCCAUCAUGAGCACCCCUUCUAACAACUUGGGUAGUUCUACCACCACCACCACCACCACCACCUUCACACGCACCACAUCUGGGCCGUCAUCCCGCACAAGCGACAACCCCAAAGCUGGGUUAGGAUUCGGAGGAAAAGGUUUUGGUCGCCAAAAGGCGGCACAUCCAUUUAGUUAUUCCACCCCAGCUCGAGUCUCCAUUUCUUCUUCCUCUCGUUCGACGCACUCUCAUUCAACUUCGUCUUCUACUUCUACCGUCACGCCUGCAUCAACACCCAAUACCUCACUCACGUUAACUACCUCACCAAAUGUCUCCACUAGUUCUCGUAGCCAUCCCAACGUGAAUGACAAUCAGAAACGAUCUUCUCUCGUUAUUUCAUCAUCGGAAAAACGUUCCUUCUCCGUUCCUACUCCUACUUACUCCCCCAAAAACCCCACUACUUUGCCUCCGCCUUCACUUCGAAAUCGAUCCCGGAACAACCCUCGGAAGGACAAUCGGCGGAGGUCAAGAAGAGAGCCUGUCGUUCCGAAGGAAUAUGUCUCGUUUCUGGACUUGGGGGUCCCUAUGGAUUUCGACCAGAGGACGAUGCGACCUAAAUCUGGAUCUUCAACAUCAUCCUCUGAUUCGGACCCUGGAGAGAAAGGAGAGUGGAUUUCGGCAAGUUCGUCUGCUUCGUCUCAGGAUGAUGGCAUAGCUUGCAGGACUCCUCCGUCUCAAGUGGAAUCGUUUGCUAUUGAAACUGCGUUCAAUGAUGGUGAUGCGGAAUUGAUGAUAAGGAGAGGAAGCGAAAGCGAUGCGUUGGACGAUGCGACGUUCUUCAGGAAUGAGGUUGAGAAGAUGCUGAAGAGAUAUGAAGACGUGAGGGCUAGUUGGGCGUUGACGAAGCGUGUGAAUUUGAGUCCGGAUUUGGGUGGAGCCGGGGACGAGACGCAGGAUACAGUUCAGGAAUAUCAGAGGGAAGAGAUGGAGGAGUACAAGGUGAUGGCGAUUCAAGACGACGCGACGCCGAGGCAGGGUGCGGUGGCGAUACCACCUUCGUCUUCACCCUUAUCCUUACCUUCUGCAACUCUGCGUCCGCCUCGUCGGGCCGCUCCUCCACCUCCGAUUUCAGUCCACACAUCUCCAUCUUCUCCAACAUCAGAAAAUAGUCCCCAUUCCAACUCAACUUCAUCCUCUCCUUCCCUUUCCCCAUUACCAUCCCCCCAAGGCCUCAUCCCCUCUCAUUCUCAAUCGCCUACGACUCCAACAACUCGCCCCUCAUUCUCGCUCUUCCCUCCGCCUUUCCCUUCUUCCACUUCCACUCCUACAUCCACCUCACCUUCAACCCCUCGAACUCCUGUUCUGAAAACUCCUCUUUCUUCUUAUUCUGGCUUUUCCACAGUGGCGACUCUGACGUCACCGUCGAAGAGAGCUUCGUUAGCGUUGGCUGUUGCUCUCGCUGAAGAGGAAGAUGUGAAGAGGAGUGUUAGGGAAAGUGUCUACGAGCCUGUGGAUAUCGUUAACGUUUUUGCGGAGGGGUCCGAGGAUGAUGACGUGGAUGCGUUCGAAGGAGUGGAGAUUCGAUUGGUGGGUGCCCAUCAGUCCGAUGGGUUGGGCAUCGCCAUAGGUGCGAUCACCCAGGAUGGUGCUUUGUCUCCUUACUCUUCAUUGCCUUUCGAGGGUUCACCGACGAGCCCAGAGGACGUCCAGGAUGAGGACGCAGACACGGACUCUAUCCUCGAGAAGGACAAACAGUCUCUUUUGUCGGAGUCGACAUCUGGCUCGGACGAAGGUGAAGAAGCUUACGUGACGCUUAUUUCGUCCAUCUUGUCACCCCCUUCGAGUCCGCCCACGAUGAUGAAGGUUGUUAGAUCCGAUUCGGUUGUUUCGGAUAUGACGUUCACCCUGGAGACGUUGAGUUAA